AUGUUCUGCAAAUCUGCCUUAGUUGCUGUUGUUUUGGUUGCAUUGGCUGCCGCCAACCCUGUACCAGCAGGUGUUGCUGAGAAAAUGCCUGAGUUCCUCAAAAACUUGAGCGAAGCAGCCAGAGGAGAAUUCAUGACUAUCGUCCAGAAUGAAUCCUUAACUAUUGCUGAACAACGCGCUCAACUUCUUGCUUGGGCUGAUAAGAACGGACUCCGUGACAAGGUUGAUGAAUUCGAGAAGAAAAUCACCGAUAAGGCUGGAGUUAUGGAGGAGAAAGCCAACGCUGCUGGAAUCCCAUCCGACAAGAUCGCCGAGAUCAAGAGCAUUUUCCUAAACGAAAAUCAAACUCGCAAGCAACAAAUGGAAGCUUUGAAACAAUUCAAGGACAACAACCAAGAGGUAAUGAAUCAUACCAUACCAACCAUAAUUUGA